AUGCUCGGAAACUUCGCGUCGGUCGCGCUUUGCUCGCUGCUCGCAGCUUUCGGUGCUGCAGAACAUACCCAUACUCAUCCCUAUAUCGAGGGAUCAGGGCAGGUCUCUAAUGUGUCAAUUACCAGCGGCGGUCUGCAGCGCAGCUAUCUGCUCGCCAUCCCACCGAUCUAUCACCCAGACUUCCCAACUCCAUUGAUCGUGUCGUAUCACGGCGGGACCCAGACGGCUGAGGACCAGCUGGAGCUCGACCAGUUGACCAACCCUGAGUUCAACGAGCGAGUGAUUGUCGUUUAUCCCCAGGGAAUCGAUGUAAGUGUUCCCGGAGUAACGGUUGACGAUGUUCAAUUCACAUCGGACAUCCUCGACCAGGUGGAGAAAUCGCAUAACAUCGACAAGACCAGGAUCUGGGCCACUGGAAAGUCCGAUGGGGGUGGCUUCGCCAAUAUCCUGGCCUGUGACGCGACGCUGUCUACUCGCAUUGCCGCCUUCGCCCCAGUGUCGGGCGCCUACUACAUCGACACUAGCCCUUGUGACGCGGACACGGUAAAGAUCCCUUGUAACCCGGGGCGUACUCAUAUUCCAAUCAUUGAGUUCCACGGUGGAAACGAUACUACAAUUGCCUAUGAUGGUGGCGCGCGCAAGGGCGAGUGCCUGCCUAGCAUUCCACACUUUGUCCGCGAGUGGGCCAAAAGAGACGACCUUGACAGCCACAAGAACUUGACCAUCCCAAUUGCUCCGGACACGGUUCUGUACUCAUUUGGAGUCACUGGACUUGUGCAACAUGUUUAUGACUCGGUAAUUGGCCAUGACUGGCCCAGCACUGUGCCAAAUGCGGACAACCAGAAGCCCGGGCGCCAUCCGGCCAGCUUCAACGCGACGCCAAUCAUUCUGGACUUUUUCUACCGCCACAGCCUGCCAUUGGCUUUCUGGUAG